AUGAGGGCGAUUUUAGUAUUAAUGGCGAUUGCAUUAACAGCGAAUGCACUUCGCUUUUAUGUAGGACCGAAAGAAAAAAAAUGUUUGAAAGAGGAAAUUCAUAAGAACGUUGUUGUGUCUGGAGAGUACGAAUAUUCGGAAGGAAUUCAAUACACCGCUUCAAUUCAUGUCACUGAUACUCGUGGGCAUACCCUCUACAAACGCGAAAAUUUCAGUGAUUUGAAAGGAAAGUUCGCCUUCACUGCCGACGAAUAUGAUAUCUUCGAAAUUUGCUUUGAAAACCACCCACCAGCCGGUUAUCCUGGUGAGAAACGCGAGGUUUCCCUUAGCUUGAAGCACGGUGUUGAAGCUAAAAACUAUGAAGAUAUUGCCAAGGCUGAGAAACUGAAACCCCUCGAGGUUGAACUUCGUCGGUUAGAAGAUCUUGCAGACUCCAUCACUAAAGAUUUUUCUUUCAUGCGAAAAAGAGAAGAGGAAAUGAGAAAUACUAAUGAAUCCACCAACAGUCGAGUUUUGUAUCUUUCAAUCUUCUCAAUGCUCUGCUUGCUCGGUUUGGCCAUUUGGCAGGUCCUCUUUUUACGCAAUUAUUUCAAAUCAAAGAAGCUUAUCGAUUAA